AUGGACCCUCCCUUCAUCUUCUUCUUUUUAACCUGCUUAUCAUCCAUUAACACCGCAGCUGCAAAUUCUAUACAUCCGCGAUUUGCCUUUGAUCUCAUCCACCGUGAUUCUCCUCUUUCUCCACUUUAUAAUUCCGAUUCCACUUUUUGGGACAAAGCUGAGAGAUUAUAUGAAAGCUCUAUUGCACGCUAUGCAUAUAUAUCUUCCAAAGGAACAAGUGGUAAGUACCGAAUUGAUGUUAAUGUUGAUAACUAUUUCUACGUUGCAAAACUCUCCAUUGGCGCACCAGCGGUUGAUGUCUUGGCCGUCAUAGAUACCGGUAGCCAUCUUCUAUGGAUCCAGUGCAAUCCUUGCAACCAUUGCCAGCCACAGACUGGACCAAUCUAUGAUUGCACCAAGUCAAAAACCUAUGCCAACGUAACUUGCGGCUCCUUAGAUUGUGAGUUAGAUCCCCACAUGGAUUGUGAUAGCAAUAAUGUGUGUCGAUACCAUAAUAAGUAUGUUGAUGGGAGUUAUAGCUAUGACAUUAUUGCCACUGAUGCCCUAUUGUUCAGGAACCCUGAUGGAACUGUGGUACCUAAGAAUGUGGCCUUUGGUUGUGGUAUUAACAACCAUGUUUCAGCUCAAGGUAAAUUGAGUGGAGUAUUAGGCCUUUCUGCAACUGAAAUGUCAUUGGUCUCUCAGUUAGGUGGAAAUACACACCAAAAAUUUUCUUAUUGUUUGGGCAAUGCAAGUGAUCCAUCUUCCAAAGGUAAUGUGAUCAUAGGUGGAGAUGCACAUAUUGCUGGUUUCAUGACUCCCUUCGCAUUUGAUAAUUUGUAUCAUGUCAAUCCUGUUGAAAUUAAAGUUGGAUCUCAAAGUCUUCCUCUUUCUCCGGGGGUAUUUGGUCCUCCUGGGAAUUUGAUCUUAGAUAGUGGUGCAGUAUACACAUUUGUACCACCAGAAGUAUAUAAAAAGCUAGCAGAUGAAAAUCAAAAGCUUCAAGGUUAA